CAAGACAAUUUUUUCCAGCCGAUUCCAGAAUCGAUUCUUUGAUUUCAACAUCGAUAUCUAUGCAAAAAUGUUGAUCUGAACAGCUGUCUUUGAGUUCAGACAUUGCUUCUCAUUACAAAAUAUAUAUCAGUGGCACAAACAUAAAAAUAUCUAUACGCAUAUGACGUUAUUUCAACCAAAAUAAUUCAUAUUCUUAGUUUCAAAUUCUGCCGCUAGGGGAGUAACCGGAAGUGAACGAAUUUGUUGGCUAGUCACCAGGCAACAGACUGAAAAGUUGAUGAAUGGAGGAGAACUGAGAUAAAUACACUAUAACUUGAGGACUUUGAAGCACAAUUAAAAUGACAGGGGCAGCUUCUGCAAUAGAGGCUGUGGAAGAUCAAAUCCGCACCACUGCACAAACAAAAAGAAUCCGAGCAUCUGGCUUCUUCCUUGAUCAUGACAGACUACGUUCAGGAUGUGUCACAGAAACACAGUUUUUCCGGGUGCUCUGGCAAAACCUUGAGGUGAAGCUUACCAAUGAACAAGAGGCACUCCUGGCACAGAAAUACAAAUUGAAGCGUAAUGGCACGGAGUAUAUGAACUAUAAAGCUUUCUGUGAUGUCAUAGAGCGACCUUUUGAUGCAGGAGACAUGUCUAUGAAUCCUGUCACACAAAAAGUUGAACCCCAAGAAUUCCUUGGUACAAUGCGAUCUAUUCGCCCUUUGAGUCCAGCAUCUGAGAAGCGUAUUGAGAACCUUCUUGAGAGGAUGCAGCAGUUUUACAAAUAUCACGGCAUCAAUCUUAGGACAAGUUACAGGGAUUUCGACAGACAUCAUAUAGGAGUUGUCACUGAAAGUCAGUUCUACAGAAAUUUCCCUGGGCCCGAUGAUGUGGAUGAGAAAGAGGUUCAUUUGCUGGUGCGUAAAUACCAAGAUCCUGACCGCCCUGGCUUGCUCAAUUAUCUUAACCUCCACCAUGACCUCGUAGCGAUUGGUCAGAGAAUGGAUGCCCCAGAUACAUCACUCCCACAGACAUCAAACAUCAGUGAUUUUAUCACCGCAACACCUGGAGCAGAUGCAACAUUCCAAGCAAUCUUUGAUCGCAUAAUGGUUGCUGUCUACAAACAUGGAGUUCGUACAAUUGAGUUUUUCAAAGAUCAUGAUAAGUUGAAGAGUGGAGUUAUCACUGAGAAUCAGUUUGUAUGUGGUUUGACAUUGGCUAUUGGAAAGGAGGCUCAGUUGACGAGGAAUGAGAUCCAGCGUGUGGCGGAGUUCUACAAGAAUCCAGAUACACGUAUCAGAUAUAAGGAGUUCUGUGAUGCUAUGGAGAAUGCCUUCAAUGUCCCAGACUUAGAAAAGAAGCCAUUGCAGGAAGUGAGCAGGCCACCAAGGGGUGCACUCUCUAGGACACUUGCCCCAUUGACUGAGGCAGAAGAGGCAAGGCUGAACCAAGUCCUACAGACCCUGAGUGAUCAAGUCAGGAAGAGGCGCCUCAUGAUGUACCAGUACUUCAAAGAUUAUGAUAGGGGUAAGAAUUACACUAGGAUUGUGACAAAGCCUCAGUUUGCACGUAUCCUCCACUUCCUCAGCCUGAAUGUGUCUGCUGAGGACAUGAAACUGUUGUGUCGCAAGUUUGAAGAUCCAUACUCCUCAGAUGUCAACUAUCCUGCAUUUGUACAGUCAGUGGAUCAAGAAUAUGUUGGUUUCACUAUGCACCCUCCCGAGAAAGAGUCAAUCCUGACCCCACAGGACCGGGCCCCCAAGCCUGAAGAAAAGAUUGAUUACAGUGAUAUUAGCUUUGAUGACCUCAUGGCUCGUAUCAGAGACCAUGUCUCGAAGAAUAGACUCAGGGUAAAUGAGUAUUUCCAAGACUACGACCCUCUGAGGAAUGGCUCUAUUAGCAAGCAGCAGUUCAGGAGGGGACUUGGACUCCUGGGACUCAGUAAACUGGGACAACAUGACCUGGACUCUAAACAGUUCCAAGCCCUACAGGACUAUUAUCAGAACCCAGUGAAAGCCGACCAAGUGCUCUGGACAAAAUUCCUUUGGGAUAUUGAGAGCGUAUUCACACAGCCUAACCUUGAAAAAGACCCCUGUCUACAGGUCCCUCCACAAGAGAUCUUCCGGGUUCCUAAACCUGGCACUAUAAAGUGGGAGAAUGCCUCAGAUGAUCACAAAGAUCUGUUUGAAUCCGUCAUGGAGCGUCUCCGCCAAAGAGCCAAUCAAAGACGAGUUCUUGCUAAACCUGUAUUCCAAGAUUUUGAUAAGCAUAACAAUGGUCAUGUGACCCGGGUACAGUUCCGUCAAUGUUUAACGAUGUUGGAGUUACAUGCGACUGAAGGUGAGAUGGCAGCACUUGAGGCGAAAUUCUGUAACGACACUGGGUUUAAUUAUAUUGGCUUUCUCGAGGAAUUACAGCCGAGUGUCACACCAGAGUUUAUGUACAGUAAACGUCUCAGUGAGUUGAGGUUGGCCAAUCAGAAGAAGAAGGGAUCUCUACCAGAACUUAAUGCUGCUGGGGAUCUGGAAGCAAUUCUGUCUAAAAUUAAAACUAAGGUGUGUAAGGAGAGGAUACGAGUGCUGGAAUUCAUGAAAGAUUACGACAAACUAAGGAUGGGACGCAUGCUGAAGGCAUCAUUCCGUCGUGCCUUGGAUCUCUGUCGAUUUGAGCUCAAGGAAUCAGAAAUCGCAAUUCUCGAGGACAGAUACCAGUCCCAAGGAGAUUCGGAUUAUGUUGAAUACCUGCGGUUCUCAGAUGAAAUCGAGUCAAUCUUCACCACCAAGAAUCUGGAAAAGGCUCCUUUACUAACAGUGGAGCAGUUUAAACCCCCUGUGGAAUGGGAACAGAAUAACCUUGACCCUGAUGCUGAGGAGCUCAUCAGUAGUUGCAUGAGGAGAAUUGGAGAGAAGGUGAGAAAGCACAGAAUGCAGCUAUUCCCAUUGUUUGAGGAUUAUGACAGAGUACACAAUGGAACCGUAUCCAGAUCACAGUUCCGUCGUGUCCUCAGUGAACUAGAACUUGGAUCUCUUGUCAACGAACAGGAAUUUGGACUUUUAUACAAGAAAUUUGAUGUUAAAGUUGGAGGAAAGGAUGAUGUCAAUUAUAUCGCAUUUUGCGAUUUAAUCUAUGAACUUGCCCACUUUGAAUGGCGUAAACCAUAGUGAGAUUAAAAUUGAAGAGAAGGCAAUAGAUUGUAUUAUAAAUAUAUAGUCGUAUUGGAGAAAAAUAUAUAUAAAAAUUCUAACAUUCAGAAAAUGAGUAAUGAAAAACUUUCUGCCUUGACAUUCCAUUGAAGAGGACAUGAAUUUUUUUACAAUAAUUUUAUAAUUAAAAAGUCAGCUCCAAAUUUAGUGCUAGAAUUGAUAUAUGUAACAAUCCACUUUAACAUCUUCUUUAAAUGUUCAAUCUAAUGCUACCACCCCAAGAAAUACCUUCUGCUGUUCAGUCUAACAUACCGCCCCAAGAAAUGUCCAAUUUGAAGUGACCUCUAAAUUAAUUUACUUAAAACAUGUUUCUUUGGGCUGUAAUUUAAAGUCUGUAAUCAUUUGACAACUUCUGCGAUACUUUUUGAAAUUAUGAGUUCUUUAUGUUUUCUUCCGGCAAAACUGCUGUCAGGCUGUAAUUUAGCCAAAAUCCACAAUGUUUAUUUCAAAAAGAGAUAUAAGUAUUGCAAGGAUAUUUUAGCAUUAAAUCAUUUUUUCUGCUUUUGCAGUAUGUGAUAUAUUCUAUUCCAUUGAUUACAAUUUAUGUGAUAAAGCAUUCCGUCCAAUGAAAAUAAGGUAUAUUAUUUGAAUACCUUUGUAUAUAUGUAUAUAUUGUUAAUAAAAUUAUAAAUAUUUACAAAUACAACAUGUAUUAUUUGAUGUAUA